UAAUCGCUAGUCGAAAAUCACGAGAUUUGAAUACAGGGUGAGAUUAUUAUUAAAACUGGGGGGGGGGCAGGUUUAUGAUGGCGAUUAUUCUGAAGAAAACAGCUUUAUUUGACUUUUUUUUACGUGAAUUACGUUCAACGUUCGGUAAAAUUGUUCGUUUUUAAUUUAGUUUGUACUAGAUGUGUUGUAUUUACCAUUUUUACACAGGAAACAUCACCCGAACAUGCACACAUUCGGGCAGAUUUGCAGAAAAAAGAUGAGUCGACAACAGGUGGGAGUAGCUGCUCUGCUUGCCAUGGGCGCUUUGUGUUUGGUUAUAAUGCUGGGGCCAAAUCUGCAAGUCACCAAUAAGGAAAAGACUGGAGAACUGUAUCAGGAAACUGAACUCAUGUCAGCAGAGCCGCUUCAGACAAAAAAACCUCCUACCAAAUGUGAAAGAAAUGUUUCUGCUUCUAAGCUCACAAGAUUUUCCAACCUGCCACUUCACAUCCAAGACUUCCUGUUUUACCGCCAUUGCCGUUAUUUCCCAAUGCUGCUGAACGUUCCCAAUAAGUGUGGUGGUCCACAGAAUUCUGCACACGUGUUUCUUCUGCUGGUCAUCAAAAGCUCUCCGGCGAACUACGAGCGAAGGGAGGUCCUGCGUAAAACGUGGGCAGCAGAGAGGAUGCAGAAUGGCAAACAGAUUCGCACGGUGUUCUUGUCUGGGACCAGUGGAGAUGGCUACGAGAAGAUGAGGCUGAACAAACUCCUGUGGCUGGAGAACCGUGAACACCAAGACAUUCUGCAGUGGGACUUCAAGGAUUCCUUCUUCAACCUCACCUUGAAACAAGUCCUGUUCAUGGAGUGGCUGGACAGAUGGUGUCCCAAUGCACACUUCCUGCUCAAUGGAGAUGAUGACAUUUUCGCCAACACAGAUAACAUGGUGGAGUAUCUGAAAGAGCAGGGCGACGGGGAUGGAAACAAACACCUGUAUGUUGGACACGUUUUGUUUGAGCGGCCUGUCCGGUUCUCUGGCAGUAAAUAUUACAUCCCAGUCCAGGUGCAGGAGUCAGACCACUAUCCGCCCUACUGUGGCGGAGGUGGGUUUCUGCUUUCACGGUUCACUGCCAGGACUAUCCACAAUAUGUCCCAGUCCAUCACCCUGAUGCCCAUCGAUGAUGUUUACAUAGGCAUGUGUCUGGAAAAGGCCGGUCUCAAACCUGAGUCACACAUGGGUGUGAGGACUACUGGUCUGCAUAUUCCCUCUCAGAAGGUGGACUCAUUCGACCCCUGCUACUACCGAGAGAUACUCCUGGUCCACAGGUUCCUCCCUCACCAGAUUUUUCUCAUGUGGCAUGAAAUCCACCAGGAUGAUUUAGAAUGUGGAAAGAUUCUUUAAAUGCAUUAUAAAUGAUGUGAUGGGUUUAGAUACAAAUAUUUAUGAAGUUAUUUUCAUAAAUAUUCACUAGUACUUUCAGAAAGAUUUAAUAGUGACUAUAAAAAUACUUUUUAACUUUAUAAACUUUAAUUUACACUUUAGUACUGGGAUAAGUUAGCAGGCUAACUCAAGAAUUUGAAGCUAGUAUUUAGGCAGAGGCUAGCCUGCCUUGAUAAAUUAGCUAGUAGAGUUGUUGCUAGCUACCCUAAACAGUAACUGGGAGCCUUCAGUAGACUAGCUUGGUGCUUGGAGAGCUAGUGGCCAAAGCAAGGGUUAAGUCACCCUAAUAUCAGGGGCUUAAGUCACCCUAAUUUAAGGGUUAAGUUACCCUAAUGUCAGAGGUUAAUAUUAGGUGUUAAUUCACCCUAAUGUCCGGGGUUAAUAUCUGGGUUAAGUCACCCUAAUGGCAGGGGUUACAUCACCCUAAUGGCAGCGAUUAAUAUCAGGGAUCAAUGUCAGGGGUUAAGUUAUCCUAAUGGUAGGGAUUAAUGUUAGGGGUCAGUGUCAGUAGUUUAAGUCACCUUAAUGGCAGGGAUUAAUGUCAGGGGUUAAGUCACCUUAAUGUCAGGGGGUAAGUCAGGGGUUAAGUCACCUUAAUGUCAGGGGGUAAGUCAGGGGUUAAGUCACACCAAUGUAUUAGAUGGCACAGAUGUGCCAGAAGAACAUUCAGCUGUUGAAGUAACAAAAGCCUCGUAACAAAGCAGGCAACUGCUAUACUGAGCAGAGUGAGGAUAGUCUGUAUCUGUUACAGGAACAAAGAAAGAGGACCGGAAAAGAGCAGAGUGGUUAUUUUUGUGCUAUUUGUACUUCCAAAAGAAUGUUUGAAAGAGAUACAUCAAGCCAGUAUUCAAUUAUAUGCGGUCUUAAGAUGUGUGGGUUUGUCCCCCAUCCCACCAUACAGCCCCAGUGAUUAUCAUACUCCCAUCAGAUGAUUCAAUGUUGUGGAAUAGGUUUGGGAGAAGUUUGCUUUAGUAGAGUUGUGGAAUAACUCCAGCUGGGGAGAAAGACCAUGCCUGAGACUCUUGUUUGCUUAUUACUCCCCGUUUAAACUCCCAAACGUCCCUAUAUUCUGUGUCUCACACCCAACUCCAUGCUGACCCCUCACCGGUUCCUGUAUUUCUCGGCUCUCUCUCCAGUGAUGGAGGGAUGACUAACCAAAACUCUCACCUAAACUAAUGAAAAAUAAUGCUUAAAAAAUAAACAAAUAUUUUUCAAUGUAUUUUAUUUGAUC